UGAGUUGCAUCCCCCUUUUGCCCCCAGUACAGCCUCAAUUCGUCAGGCCACGGACUCUACAAGGUGUCAAAUGUGUUCCACAGGGAUGCUGGCCCAUGUUGACUCCAAUGCUUCCCACCGUUGUGUCAAGUUGGAUGUCCUUUGGGUGGUGGACCAUUCUUGAUACACACAGGAAACUGUUGAGCUUGAAAAACCCAGCAGCGAUGCAGUCCUUGACACAAACCGGUGCGCCUGGCACCUACUACCAUACCCCUUUCAAAGGCACUUAAAUGUGUCUUGCCCAUUCACCCUCUGAAUGGCACACAUACACAAUCCAUGCCUCAAUUGUCUCAAUGCUUAAUUUUUUUUUUUUUUUUACCUGUCUCCUCUCCUUUAUCUACACUGAUUCAAGUGGAUUUAACAGGUGCUAUCAAUAAAGGAUCAUAGCUUUCACCUGGAUUCACCUGGUCAGUCUAUGUUAUUGCCAGCAGCAUACCACCCUGCAUACCACUACUGGCUUGCUUCUGAAGCUAAGCAGGGUUGGUCCUGGUCAGUCCCUGGAUGGGAGACCAGAUGCUGCUGGAAGUGGUGUUGGAGGGCCAGUAGGAGGCACUCUUUCCUCUGGUCUAAAAAAUAUCCCAAUGCCCCAGAGCAGUGAUUGGGGACACUGCCCUGUGUAGGGUGCCGUCUUUCGGAUGGGACGUUAAACGGGUGUCCUGACUCUCUGAGGUCAUUAAAGAUCCCAUGGCACUUAUCGUAAGAGUAGGGGUGUUAACCCCGAUGUCCUGGCUAAUUUCCCAAUCUGGCCCUCAAACCAUCAUGGUCACCUAAUAAUCCCCAGUUUACAAUUGGCUCAUUCAUCCCCCUCCUCUCCCCUGUAACUAUUCCCCAGGUCGUUGCUGCAAAUGAGAACGUGUUCUCAGUCAACUUACCUGGUAAAAUAACGGUAAAUAAAAUAAUAAAUAAAUAGAUAAAUGGAAAGAGCAGGCGUUGUUAAUGUUUUGUUCAUUCAGUGUAUUUUUGUUAAUAUUUUCAUAAUAUACAUGAGGUGAGAUAAUAUGUCCACCUCUGAAUAUGUCUGAUGCGUGAACCUCUUUGGUGUGGCGCGUCCCUCAUUAACGAAACGCUUUUUUGUCCCCAAUCGCAUAACGUACUGUAGGGUGUACAAACGUGCAAACUUCACAACAGAUAACAUACCUCCGCCACUGCGUGAUCAUCAUUAUCUGAAGUUAUAAUAAUACAUUUCCCGGACAGAAUUUUCACAGCUACAGGCAAGUAUAAUGGCCCAGACCGACAUGGAUUCCGGGGAGGAUGGAGGCGGCGGCGGGGAGCCCGAGGUGAUCGCUAAAGUCAGUGUCUUGGGAGGUUUUACCGAGGGCGCUGAGAUUCGAGCCCUGAUCUCCAGCUUACCAGUGGUUCACGAGAACAUCGUGACACUGGAGUCAGCCAUAGAGAGGUUUCUCGUGAUAAUGGACCGUUAUCAGGAGCAGCCCCAUCUUCUGGAUCCACAUCUGGAGUGGAUGUUGAACCUGCUGUUGGAGCUCAUCAGGAGUGAACAGUCUCCUCCUCUACUGGUACACCUGGGCUUCAAAUUCCUCUACAUCAUCUCCAAGGUGAGAGGGUAUAAGAUCUUCAUGCAGCUCUUCCCCCAUGAGGUGGCUGAUGUCCAGCCAGUCCUGGACCUCCUGUGUCGACAGGACCCCAGAGACCCAGAGACCUGGGAGACCCGCUACAUGCUGCUGCUGUGGCUGUCUAUGACCUGUCUGAUACCCUUUGACCUCUCCCGUCUUGACGGUCACCUGUCCUCUGACCCCAGCCAGACAAGAGAGCCAAUCAUGGACCGCAUCCUGGCCGUCGCCAAGUCUUACCUGAUGGUCACUGAUAAGUCCAGGGAUGCUGCAUCUGUGUUGGUAUCAAAGUUUGUGACACGUCCUGACGUGAAGCUGAAGCGACUAGGAGACUUCCUGGACUGGAGUCUGACCACCAUCUCUCAGGCCAGUGACCAGACCGUGGGAGGUACUGUAAUCCUGGACGGGGCCCUGCAGUCUCUGGCCCAGCUAUUCAAGCAUGGCAAGAGAGAUGACUUUCUCCAGUACGCUCCGGUGGUGCUGCAGUGUCUGGACCAGUGUCAUGUGGCAGAGAGCAGCCAGGCUAUGCUGAGGAAGCUGGGGGUCAAGCUGAUACAGAGACUGGGUCUGACCUUCCUCAAGCCCCGACUGGCCAAGUGGAGGUACCAGAGAGGGAGUCGCUCCCUGGCAGCCAACCUGUCUCUGUCCCAGUCUGGCUCCACAGUAGAGGCUGUUAGCCCAGACAUGGAGACCCAGAGCCAGGAGGAGGACUAUGAUAUCCCAGAGGAGGUGGAGAACGUCAUCGAGCAACUGCUGGGUGGGCUGAAAGACAAGGAGACCAUCGUGCGCUGGUCUGCUGCUAAGGGUAUUGGGAGGGUGACAGGGAGACUCCCCAAGGAGCUGGCUGACGAGGUGGUUGGAUCAGUGUUGGAGUGUUUCAGUUUCCAGGAGACAGACAACGCGUGGCAUGGAGGCUGCUUGGCCCUGGCAGAGCUGGGGAGAAGAGGCCUGCUGGUGCCCUCUCGUCUCCCGGACGUGGUGCCUCUGAUCCUGAAGGCCUUGGUCUAUGAUGAGAAGAGAGGAGCGUGUAGCGUUGGUUCUAACGUACGAGACGCAGCCUGCUACGUCUGCUGGGCCUUUGCCAGGGCCUACGAACCCACCGAGCUGAAGCCCUUCGUCACUCAGAUCGCCUGUGCUCUGGUGAUCACUGCUGUGUUUGACCGGAACAUCAACUGUCGUAGAGCUGCAUCAGCUGCCUUCCAGGAGAAUGUGGGAAGACAGGGCACGUUCCCCUACGGUAUCGACAUCGUAGUAGCAGCUGACUACUUUGCUGUUGGGAACCUGACCAAGUGUUACCUGUCCAUCAGUGUUUACAUCGCCAGUUUCCCAGAAUACACCAGGCCCAUGAUAGACCACUUGGUAGCCAUGAAGAUCAACCACUGGGACGGGGUGAUUCGACAGCUAGCGACAAAGGCUUUGCAUAAUCUGACGCCUCAAGCACCUGAUUAUAUGGCCACAACAGUUAUGCCUCAGCUGUUGCCCAUAGCGCUGGGCAUUGAUCUACACAGUCGCCAUGGCGCCAUUCUGGCAUCUGCCGAGAUCAGCCACGCCCUCUACAAGCUGGCCAAUCAGAACAACAGACCAGUGACGGAGCUCAUCUCUUCAGACUGUGUGGAUGGACUCAAGAGCAUUCACCAGAGGCUAUUUGACAGAAAGCAGUACAGGGGCUUUGGUGGUGAGCUGAUGAGGCCUGCCGUCUGUUCUCUCAUUGAGAACAUGUCCCUCUCCAAGAUGCCGUUCAACGACCACCCUGUCAUCACUGGCUGGCAGUGGCUGAUAGACGACACCUUGAAGAGCCUCCACCUCAUCUCACCUGGACCUAGGGACGGUAUCAAGGAGGCAGCGGUGUCAGCCCUGGCAGCUCUGUGUGAGCAGUACUACCAGCCCCAGCCAGGCAUGGCUGACCCCCAGAUGCAGGAGGUCCUGGUGUCCCAGUAUAUAGCAGGGCUAAAGAGUACGGAGGUAUUGACCCGAUGUGGCAGUGCCCUGGCCCUGGGUUCUCUACCAAGAUUCAUGAUCCAUGGAAAACUACACCAGAUCCUGUCAGGUCUUCAGCAGAGCUGUAGUCAGAGGGAGGUGUGCUUCACAGAGGCCAGGAGAGAUGCUGCCAAGGCCAUGGCACAGGUGUGUGUGGCAGCGGGGGUUUCAGCCCUGGGGGGUUCUGAUUCUGUGGUGUGUGAGGGGAAUGUGUCAGCUGUCUACAGAGCUCUGCUGGACUGUAUGACUGACUACACACUGGACAGCAGAGGAGACGUAGGAGCCUGGGUGAGAGAGGCAGCCAUGACCAGCCUGAUGGAGGUGACUCUGUGUGUGGUGAGCACCGCUCCACAACUACUCUCACCAGACCUGGUGAAUGGUAUGAUGUGUAGCUUGGCCCAGCAGUCAGCAGAGAAGAUCGACCGCUACAGAGCCCAUGCUGGAUCAGUGUUCGUCAGGCUCCUCCAUAGUAACAACCCUGCAGUACCUCACAUCCCCCACCGAGAGGAGCUGCUCGCCAUCUUCCCUACUGAAGGGACAGAGAGUCUGAACUGGAAUGCUCCGUCGCAGGCCUUCCCCCACAUCACCCAGCUGCUGAGACUGCCCCAAUACCAGUACCACACACUACUGGGGUUGACCGUGUCUGUAGGAGGACUGACUGAGUCUACGGUGCGUUUCUCUUCCCAGUCUCUGUUUGACCACCUGAUGUUGAUUCAGCAGGAUAGAGCAGCUCUGGGACAGUUUAGUGAUGCACUGCUGCGUGUCUUCAGAGACAACCUGAGAAAUGACAGGGUGUCUAUCCCCUUCCUGAAGAUGCUGGACCAGAUGCUGGCGAGAGCCUGCUUCGACACCUUCACUACAGACCAGGAUCAUCAGUUCUGUGUGGACCUGUUGGCUCUCUGUAAGGAAGAGAUUAAGAAGUCCAAGGACACUCAGAAGCUCCGCUCCGCCAUCGCUGUGUUCUGUGGUCUGAUCCAGUUCCAGGGAGAGGUCCGUAAGAAGGUUCUGUUCCAGCUGCUGCUGCUCCUCUGUCACCCCUUCCCUGUGAUCAGGAAGACCACAGCCAGCCAGGUGUACGAGAUGCUGCUGACCUACGAUGAUGUCAUCGACCCUGACGUGAUGGAUGAUGUCAUGACGUCGCUGAGUGACACCAACUGGGAGGAGGACGUCGCCACGGUGAGGACCCACAGAAACCAGCUCUGUGAUUGGCUAGGAGUACAGAAGCCCCAGCUCGUUGCCAGGGGUCCUGUCCAGUAGGCCUGGGGGGAACUAUUCUCAGCAGGAACUGAAGAACUGUAGCACAGGAUCCUUCAGGAUGGCAUUCUGUGUGACACAUCACAAAGUACAGCUGUACUUCUAAAAGGUCACAGCCUUCAGUGAUGUUCCUAGACCCACACACUUUGUUACAGUACAUUCCAGUUGGUAUGCUAGUAUGGUCAUGGAAUGGAUGGUAGUCUGGGUUCAUCUGGGAUUCAGCAUUCCUCUGUCUGUCUGUCUGUCUGUCUGUCUGUCUGUGUCUCUCUCUGUCUCUGUCUCUCUCUCUCUCUCUGUCUGUCUCUGUCUGUCUGUCUGUCUGUCUGUCUCUCUCUGUCUGUGUGUCUGUGUCUCUCUCUGUCUGUGUGUCUCUCUCUGGCUGUCUGUGUGUCUCUGUCUGUCUGUCUCUCUCUGUCUGUCUCUGUCUGUCUCUGUCUGUCUGUCUCUGUCUGUCUGUCUCUGUCUGUCUCUCUCUGUGUCUCUGUCUCUCUGUCUGUCUGUGUCUCUCUCUGUGUCUCUGUCUCUCUCUGUCUCUGUGUCUCUGUCUCUCUGUCUGUGUGGUUGUGGAACGUCUUUGAAUGAGAAUGUGGACUGCAAAAGUAAAAAAACUAUCUGUUAAUAAACAAACAUAAACCGCA